GCUGAGGCAGAGAGUGUGGAUGAAGGUGCCUACUCUCACUGAGACUGAACAGAAGCGCACAGAAACCCUGGGCUGGCUGCGGGAGACACCACCCUGUCAGGUUAUGCCAUCCUCAAUGGUUGUGGAGAGGACGAUAGUGAAAGAGAAGGGCUGAUUUGGCCAGUGCUCUGAACUUGUGUGCCAAGUGGACAUGGCAGCUGGUGGGGCAAGGGAACCAGAUGCCCCCACAUGUUUACACCUGGUCGAAGAUGAGACCGAGAAGCCAAAUGUGGAAGAGGAAGAGGAGGAAGAGCUGGACAAAUUGCUGGGCAUUGAGCGACUAAGUGAUCUGAUCAGUGAUCGCCCUGCACGGGAACCUGAGCGAACCUAUAACGAAAAGGACUUUGAAUAUCAUCGACACACGUCACACCACAUUCACCAUCCGCUCUCUACUCGCCUACCACACCACACACGCCUCAGGAGGAAGCUCCCUCGCCCAGAAUACAAGAAGAAGAAGAGGAGAAAAAAGAAAAAGACUUCAGUUCCUCCUUCAGAGGGCACGCCCACCAUCCAGGAAGUGGAUGAGGAGGAGGAAGAGCCUUCGGAGGCAGAAACCCAGGACAGGGAUCUGUCGGGAAGUGAAGAGAUGCCCGACCCACCAAAGGCUGAUACAUUGGAUAACAGCUACUUGGGAACCCAUCUCAUAUCAACGGAAUCAACCGAGUCUCUGAUGACUCAGCAGCAGACUCGAGACUGUGACCAGCAGCAGCCAUGGAAACCCCACACAGGACUGACAGGAAGCUUUCUGAAGCCUCUACAGGAUUGCUUUGAGUCCUCCCUGAGGAGUCCUGACAGACAGAAGGACCCUCCCCGGAUUGCGAGUGGCCCGCGAGCACGUUACGAUCUGCGGGAACGGAUUUGCAUUGGGAGUAUGACUGCGCUUGGAGUCACAGUGUACCAGAAAGUGCCAACCGAUGAUGCAGAAGCACAAAUGCUCGCCAGCGCUGACCUGGACUACAUGAAAAGUAAGAAACCGCUGGGACUGGGACAUAUAGAGACUAACAAAUAGAGAUGAGGCACUAAGUAUUAUUAACCGGAUCAAAUUCCCUCAAAACAAAUCGAAGAUGUAGCUUGGACCAUAACUUUUAUCUUAUUUAGAGGCA